UUCGCCUCUUUCACUUAACACACAAUCUCUCUCUCUCUCUCUCUCUUCCACUUCUAUCGAGGGAAAAUAUAACUUACAUACGCAAAAAAGAUCAAAAAACAUGAACAGACCGGGAGACUGGAACUGCAGGUCGUGCAGCCAUCUCAACUUCCAGCGGCGGGAAUCGUGCCAGCGAUGCGGUGACUCUCGCUCCUCCGUCGGCGCCGGAGACUUCGGAGGUUACGCCGGCAUCAGCGGCGGACGAGCGGCGGCUAUGUCGGCGGCGUUAGGGUUCACCACCGGCUCCGACGUCCGUCCAGGUGACUGGUACUGCACGCUCGGCAACUGCGGGACCCACAACUUCGCCAGUCGCUCCUGCUGCUUCAAGUGCGGCGCUUUUAAGGAUGACUCCGCCUCCGCCGCUGCCGCCGCCGGAAUCUUCGACGGUGACAUGAUGCGGUCCAGGCUAGCCGGAGGCGGUCGCUCUAGUUGGAAAUCCGGCGACUGGAUCUGCACCAGAUUUGGUUGCAAUGAACACAACUUCGCGAGCAGAAUGGAAUGCUUUAGAUGCAGCGCCCCGAGAGACUUCACCAACAGAACCUCCUCCUACUGAGUUCCAAUGCCUUUUAUGCCAUCCAUGCAUGCCUCCCAUUCUUUUGGGCACUGCUUCCAUGAAACAGAGGACUUCCAUGAAACAGAGGAGGAGGGAUCCAAAAUGAUAAGUUGAAUUUUGUUAGAUGUUUUCACGAGGACUGAUAUAGUAACUUUAGCUGUGAUCCUUUGGAUGUAUUAUCCAUUAUUAUUAUUAUUAUUAUCUUUCUUUUUCUAUCAUUUUUUCCUUUUUAUUAUUAUUUUUGCUUUAUGUUUUUGCUGUUUUUGAGAGUUUUUUUUUAUUUAAUCAUUGUACGCUGCUGCAUGCAUGGCUUUCUUUAAAGAAGAUUCUCUUCACUGUUUC